UAAAUAAAUAAAUAAAAAGCUUAAUUAAAAAAAGGUUUAAAACCAUAUCAAAUAGAGAUAUCAGAUACCCACCGUCCUUCUCUCUCAUAUUAUUUGCCUACUAGAAAUCUCCUUUCUGUGCAUCACAGCACUCUCUCUCUCUCUCUCUCUCUCUCUACACACUAUCUCUCUCUCUCUUUGGAACCAUCUUCAUUUCUAGCUCAACCAACUCUCAUUUUCUCUUAAUCUUGCAUCAAUCAUGGCUGCUUUAGUGUAUAUAGUGAUUUUAUUGGCCCUGACUGGCCAUUCAAGUGCUACUUAUUGCAUAUGUAAAGAUGGAGUUGGUGACUCGGCCCUCCAGAAGGCACUGGAUUAUGCUUGUGGAGCUGGAGCUGACUGUUCUCCCAUCCUUCAAAGCGGUGCGUGUUACCAACCCAACACUAUCAAAGAUCACUGCAACUAUGCUGUCAACAGCUAUUUCCAAAAGAAGGGCCAAACUGCACAGAGCUGCGAUUUUGCAGGCGCUGCUACACAGAGCCCAACUGCUCCAACAUCAAGUUCCACUUCCACUUGUGUUUAUCCUUCAAGUACCAGCCAAGCAGGAACUGGCUCUACAAACUCAACCACAACUCCAAGCACAACUCCGACAACGGGCACAACUCCGACAACGGGCACAACUCCAACCACAGGAACCACUCCAACCACAGGAACCACAUCUCCCUCAUCAGUGUUUGGGAUAAGCCCCACCGGGAGUGGCAGCCUCACCGACAAUACUGGUGGUGCGGCUUCUAUGAAAGGCACAAACUGCUUGUUUUGCUCUCUGGCUUCAACUCUCUUGUUCUCAGUGUUUUUGCUGCUGUGGGGUUGAUCAGCUAAAGGCCAAUGAGCACAAGGGAGGGAGAUACGCAUUAUGUGGAUUAUAAAAUUUUACCAUGGUCAGGAAUAUGGGUGGGUAGGCAUGUAAUAUGACAUUUGGGUUGUUUAGGGAAUUGGAAAACAUCUGCAAAGGCAAAAACCCCAUUAGGGUUUUCUUUGUUUUUGCUUUUGUUUUUCUUCCUCCAAUGUGAAAAAGCUGGGAAUUCGAUUCCAUUUUGAGUGGUGAUAUAUAUGACUGCUAGUGCUGCCUAUAUGGUGGGGGGUAGGCAGAACCUGAUCUCUUCUUUUUAGAUUUUUCCUUUUGUAUAUGUGUAGAGGCAGUAUUUUUUAAUUUAAUGGAACUAUGCUACCCCUACCAUUCUACCCUAUCA